CUUCAACAUGUGUCCCAACAACUGCUCUGGCCGAGGGGAGUGCAGGCUCAACAGCAGCACCAAGGCUCUGGAAUGUGACUGUGCCAAACACUGGAAGGGGGAAGCCUGUGACAUUCCCUACUGCUCCGGGGACUGCGGCGCUCCCGAGAGGGGCCACUGCGACAGCAACCACUCCAAGGCCUGCGUGUGCUCCCCAGGCUGGCAGGGGAUGCCUUUGUACCUCCCUCCGUAUGAUCUUAUUUCUGAGGAGUGGCUUCCCCUGAACAACUCUGUGAACUCAGUGGAGAUGAGAUAUGGGCAUUCCCUGGCGUUACAUGAGGACAACAUCUACAUGUACGGGGGGAAGAUUGACGCCACGGGGAACGUGAGCAGCCAGCUGUGGGUGUUCCACAUCUCCAACCAGAGCUGGGCCCAGGUGUCUCCCAAGGCCAAGGAGCAGUACGCCGUGGUGGGACACUCUGCCCACAUCGUCACCCUGCGGGACAACAGCACCGUCAUGCUGGUCAUCUUCGGCCACUGCCCCCUCUAUGGCUACAUCAGCAACAUCCAGGAGUACAACCUGGUGACAAAUACCUGGAGCAUUUUACAGACCAGUGGAGCUUUGGUGCAGGGUGGGUAUGGCCACAGCAGCGUUUAUGAUCCCAACACCAGGUCGAUUUACAUCCACGGAGGUUACAAAGCCUUCAGUGCCAACAAGUACAGGCUGGCAGAUGAUUUGUACAAGUAUGAAGUCGAUUCCCGGAUGUGGACCAUCCUGAAGGACAGCCGGUUCUUCCGCUACCUGCACUCGGCCGUGGUGGUGAGCGGCACCAUGCUGGUCUUCGGGGGCAACACCCACAACGACACCUCCAUGAGCCACGGGGCCAAGUGCUUCUCCUCCGACUUCAUGGCCUAUGACAUCGCCUGCGAUCGGUGGUCGGUCCUUCCUCGCCCGGGGCUCCACCACGACGUGAACAGGUUUGGACACUCAGCUGUGCUGUACAACAGCACCAUGUACGUCUUCGGAGGCUUCAACAGCCUCCUGCUGAGCGACAUCCUGAAGUUCACCCCCGAGAGAUGCGAGGCUUUUGCCAACGAGUCGUCCUGCCUGCGGGCGGGGCCGGGCGUCAGGUGCGUGUGGGCUCCCAAACCCGCCCGCUGCGUCCCCUGGGAAAACGCCACCCUGGAGCAGCAGCAGAAGGUCUUGGAAGAUUGUCCUCCCAAGCCAGUUGUAGACAAUGAAAAAUGUGAUCAGAUUACAGACUGCUACAGCUGUACAGCCAACACCAACAGCUGUCAGUGGUGCUCUGACCAGUGCAUCCCAGCACACAGCAACUGCACCGAGGAGCAGGUCCCUAUUACUCUCUAUGACAAUUGUCCCAAGGAUAAUCCUGCUUAUUACUGUAACAAAAAGACAAGCUGUAAAAGCUGUGCCAUGGAUCAAAACUGCCAGUGGGAGCCCAGGAAUCAGGAGUGCAUCGCUUUGCCAGAAAACAUCUGUGGAACAAACUGGCACUUGGUGGGCAACUCCUGCCUGAGGAUCACCAACGCCAAGGAGACCUACGACCAUGCCAAGCUGUCCUGCAGAUCCAGCGGUGCUGUGCUGGCUUCCCUCACCACCCAGAAGAAGGUGGAUUUUGUCCUGAAGGAGCUGCAGAAGAUCCAGUCCUCG